AUGUCUGGGUGGUAUUUUUGUGAGGCCCGCAACGAUAUUCCACCGCCUGCCAUCAGUGAAUCUCGCCUUUAUGUCAGAUAUCGACCUGAAGUUCGGAUAUCAAAAAGAAAAAUACAACAGAAUUUGGGCGAGAGCAGCGUAAUCAGAUGUAUAGUUGAAGCUUAUCCACUGGGUGUUGUCGAGUGGUAUCUGAACGGAGUUCCAAUUCACACACCGCCUUGUGAGGUGGGGAAAACUAUGCACAUCAAAUUUUGCCAAAAAUUGCACAACAAUGAUGGUGAGAGCGGAAUAGCUAUCGUUAAGCUGCGGCAGCCGACGCCAUUUCCGAAUUUUCGGCCACCAUCCGAAAUAAACUUGCAGCAAACACUGAAUGCAACUUUGUUGGUAACAAAUAUCACACAUUCUGAUUUGGGUUUAUACACAUGUCGAAUGAAAACGGCGUCCGGAGUCGGCGAAGAUCAUACGUGGCUAGAAGCACAACGUAAGUUUCGACAGGUAAUAACUACUCGUCGCUCCAACUUGCGAGCUUACAUCGAAAGAGAUUUACGUUAAUUGUCCCUCUCCCUUGCCACUGUAGCGCAUGUUGUCCAAC